AUGUCCACAUCCCAUUCAAGGAAAUCCUGCGAUAUAACAUCGACAAGUUUCUCCGAGGAUUCAAAAUCUUCAUCUAGUUUACCGACGCGACGACCUAGAACUUCGACUUCUACACGUGCCUGCGGACGCGAUAAUCAUUCAUACAUGGUUGCUGUAAUUGAGGGUAGAGGCGUGGCUAGCGAAAUUGGAAUGUGCUUUAUCGAUUUAAGAACAAGCGAAUGUAUUUUAUCACAGUUCGCUGAUUCUCAAACGUACAUAAAGACGCUACACAAAUUAAAUUUAUAUGAUCCGUCUGAGAUCGUGUUAUCUCAAACUGCUUUUGAACCUUCCAAAUCCAAGUUGUGCAAGGUUCUUGAGGACAAUAUUCCAAUGGCUAGCUUCGUACCAAUUGGAAGAAAAUAUUUUAAUGAUGUGAUUGGACUUAAUUACAUCAAACAAGCAAAAGAUGAAUCUACUUCAUUGAUAUUGGGCAUUGCAUCAAAGCACCUAUUCUUAAAUCCGUUUUCGGCAACCGCUGCGAUAUUAAAGUAUAUUGAAUCUACCCAGAAUAUUUUCUUUACCAACCAUUCUAUCAAAUUCAAGUAUCAAGGGAACGAUGAUGAUAGUAUGACUUCACGUAACCUUGAGUUGAUAAGCAACAUAAACAAUCCACGUAGCAAUCAUUCACUUUUCGUAUAUUUAUUCAUUGAAGUUGGUCGUUUAUACCGUUUAGCUCGUUUGUUGAGAACAAAUAUUCUGCAGCCUUUAAGCGAUAUCAUGACGAUUAAUAUGCGAUUGGAUGCUGUUGAAGGUUUUCAUUUCCGUUGCAUGAACAUUUCUUAUGGAGAAACUCCAACUUAUAACUCUUAUUUACUUUGUACAGAGCUUAUACGUCACGAGGCAUGUGAUAUUGAUACUUUCUUCGCGAUUCAAACUGCGCUUAAGCCAUUUCAAGACAUUGAUCAUUUAAUCACUGCGUUGAUUCAAGUUCCAAAGAGGCCUUCGAUUAAAUAUGCAGAACAAAGCAUCAAUAACGUGAUUAUGUUAAAGCAUAACCUGAGAUUAAUUCAAUUACUUAAAGAAUCAUUUACUGGCAUUCAGAAUUCAUUAUUGGAUGCGAUUUAUGAACUUCUUACGGACACACGACUUGAUGCUUUUGAAGAGCUUAUUAAUGAUGUUAUCAAUGAAGAUAUUACGUAUGUCAAAACACCACUUGCACUUAGAAAUCAGCGAUGUUAUGCUGUUAAGGCAGGGUUUAAUGGUUUAUUGGAUGUUGCUCGACAAACUUACAAAGAAACUACACAAUUCAGUUCAGCGAUUGGAUUUUAUUUAUCAAUAAAUAAUGAACAAUUAGAAGGCAGACCACUUCCACUUAUAUUUAUUACCAUUAAAAAGAAAAAAAAGGGUCAGACCUUUACGACAUUGGAAAUCAUGAAAAAGAAUACCAAGAUCAAUGACUCGUUAACUGAAGUAUAUUUGAUGUCUGACAAAAUUAUUGAGGACUUGAUUUCAGAAAUUCGUGGUGAUAUUGGUGUACUAUACAAGGCUUCGGAAUCCAUCGCGAUGUUGGAUAUGCUAAUUUCAUUUGUUCAUCAAUGCACUGUGUCGAACUAUGUUCGACCAGAAUUCACGGAUACUUUGGCCAUAAAGGCUGGAAGACAUCCAAUGCGAGAAAGUCUAUAUAAUGAUACAUUUGUACCUAACGAUACUUAUGCAAGCAGUGCAACAAGCUUUCAAUUAAUUACCGGACCGAACAUGAGUGGAAAAAGCACUUACCUGAGGCAAAUUGCCUUAAUGAGUAUUAUGUCUCAAAUAGGAUCAUAUGUGCCUGCGGAAUAUGCAUCCUUUAGAGUUGCAGACCAGCUCUUUACGCGAAUUUGUAACGAUGAUAAUAUUGAAAAUAAUACCAGUACAUUUGUAAUUGAAAUGCGUGAAACUGCAUAUAUUUUACAAAAUGUAACUGAUGAUAGUUUGGUGAUUAUCGAUGAACUUGGAAGAGGAACGUCUACACAUGAUGGAUUGGGUAUAACAUACGCAAUUUGUGAAGAACUUUUAAAGUCAAAGGCUUUUAUUUUCUUCGCCACACAUUUUCAUGAACUUACAAGAAGUUUAACUGUGUAUCCCAAAGUUGUGAAUUUGCAUUUGGAAGUUGAAAUUAAUGAAGAUAAUAGAUUAUUAGCGAUGAAAUAUCUGUAUCGAGUUAAAGAUGGAAGAAACGAGGAUGAACAUUAUGGUUUAAAGUUUGGACAAAUAAUUGGUUUGCCACAAGAAGUUAUUAGAAAGGCUUCUGAAGUUUCACAUAAGUUGCAAGAACUUAUCGAUACCAAUAAAGAAAAAUCGACUUCAAAUAAAAUAAUCCAACGACGAAAGAUAUUAUUACAACAGUUGGUACAACAUCUCUUACAAAUCAAAAGAUCCUCUAAUUUGGAUAAGGAUAGCUUAAAAAAAUACCUAAAGAUGGUUCAAGAAGAAUUUAUUGCAAAGAUGGAAGAAUUGUUUUAA